UACUCCCUCCGUUCCAUUUUUAAGUGUCCUCUACAGAGGAUUGAGCUUUUUAAGGAUUCAAAACUUAAUUUCCAAAAUUAACCUUAAAACAGUGAAGUUAAUUAGAUGUGUUUAAAUUGUUUGUCUUUCAAUAUGGAUCUCAAAAAAUAUGUAAUAUGGAUCUUGAUAGAUCUCAAUUAGUUUUAUUAUACAAAGUUCUCAAAAUCGUGAAAAACAUUAUAAAUUGAAAGAUAGAGUCAAUCUAAAAAUGACACGAAUAUCAAUAAUGGUCAAACCGUCAAAGUUCAAACCAAUUGUGAUGGAAAGAGUAAUUUUGAAGGGUAAAAUUGGAAGUUUGGCAUGUUUUGAGGGUUAUUUUCAGAAAUUGGACAAUUAUUUGGGACAUCCCAAAAUAGAAACAUGGGCACUCAAAGUGGGACAAAGGGAGUAAUUUUUUUCUCCAACAUUUUUCAAAAACUUAGAACUCCUAAGUUAUGACAACCAAGUGAAGCCAAUUUGGGAAUAUCCAUUAAAGAUAGAAUAAUUGUGAAGCUUAGCUUUUAUUGAAUUCAUAAUAUGUAUCAAGUAUGCUGUGAGCUCUAGUCAAAACUGUUUUAGUUAAAGCUUGGGCUAAUUUGAGAACAUUCUUUACGUUGCUUGAUAAACUACCACUGUUGGAUGGCCGUCCAGUGAUUCAUUAUCAGGUUCUCUACUGUCUCAUGCUUUGGGAAUGCUUUUCUCAACACAUUUUGCGCAUAAAUUAACAAGUAGUAUUGAUUGAUUACUAAUGUACAAUUAAAUUUCAACUGUAUUUUCCAGUUUAUUUUGGAGCAGCUAUGCAAUCUAAUCUGCCCUUCAAAAGCGGAGCCUGUAUAUCUUUUGGUUCUGGAUAAGCCACACACUCAAGAAGAAUUUAUCAGGGGAUCAAUGACCAAGAAUCCUUGUUCCAGUGCUGAGAUUGGUCCUUUGAUGCGUGAUUUUAAAAACAAAAUCUGUCACCAGUUGGAUCUAUUAGGUCUGAUAGAGGACGACUAUGGAAUGGAGUUGCUAGUGGCUGGGAAUAUCAUCUCUCUUGAUUUGAGCAUUGCUCAAGCUUAUGAACAAGUUUGGAGAAAGUCAAUUAGCCAGUCUUCAAACACCACAACUACUAGUACGUUGCUAUCCGCUAAUGCUGUCACAUCAGCCUGAGAUUGUCCUCCAAUGACUGUUACUUAUCACCUUCAGGGGUUAGAUGGUGAAGCUACUGAACGAAUGAUCAAAGAGUUGGAGGAGGAUAGGGAGGAAUCUCAAGAUCCAGAGGUCGAGUUUUCAAUUGCAGGUGCAGUCCGAGAGUGUGGUGGGCUUGAAAUCAUUUUGGGCAUUAUUCAGCAUUCACAAGACAAAUUGAAGUCCAACCAAGAGCAGUUGGCUGCGGUGCUUAACCUCCUCAUGCUGUGCUGCAAGAUAAGAGAAAACAGAAGGGCCUUAUUAAGGCUUGGGGCUUUAAAUGUACUCCUUGACACAGCUCAGCAUGCUUUCUCUGUGGAUGCCAUGGAGCCAGCUUAUUUUGAUUGUGGAGAGCCUGAGGCUACAUCAUCUUGUUGCUGUCAGAUUUUGGAGAUUAUUUCUAGUUGCUGUUUGGCAAAAAGAUUGUUCUGAUGCUGUUGAUAAUCAGCCCAAACUCUCUCUCUCUCUGAACCUCUGAAUCUUUCCAUGACUGAUGCUGAUUCUGUUGGUUUUAUUCUACUUCUAUCAAUCUGCGGUUGUUGUUCUGCUGAAUGGAGAAGCUGAAUUUUUAUGAUCUGUCUUAUUCUAAGUGCUGCUGUCAUACUCAAGUGAGGAAUGCUUUCUUGUCCUGUUUCUGCACUUUUUGGAAGAGUUGGGAGGCCUUUUGCUAUGUUCUGAUUUUGAAAUUGCCGGAGAUUGAGGAUAUGAUUUUCUGCUGAUAUGAAGUAGAUGUUCCUUUUGGCUGACAAGGAGUUAAAUUCCCUUGUGUUUCAAUUUUUAGUUGAAUG